UGUAUGCUGCCUUACCGCUGGACGGUUGUUGACGUGCGGGCGCAACGUACAGUCCGGUCAGCUGAGACGGUGGCGUAUAUAUAAGACAGCAGAUUACACGGCCCGACUCAGUUCAUAGGUUGACGAGCAGGGACUUUACUGGCCAACCGACAACUUUUUACAGGAUCAGCUCAGUACACCUUCUGCUGUCAAGUCGUUCAUCGGUGUGCGACUAUUGGAAUAGGUUUACCUGUACACUUGUCCAUCUUGAGAGGAGGUGUAUUUCAGAAGAACUUUUAAACCAUGUCACCUCGCUGGACUCUGGUGACUGUAGCUCUCUUCACAUUCAUAUCACUGGUGUCGGGUAAUCUUGACGCUCUUGUACCCGAUGAUGAUGGACAAUGCGGGAAAUAUAAGAUAUCGUGCCCACUUGGUAAGGUCUGUCGGGUGAGGAAGAUCUACUGGCCUCGGAAAGUCCAAUACCCCAUCUGUGUUCUCAGGGACACUCCAGUUGAAAACCGGAAUACAUGCCGGUUGCCCCCUGCUCCGGGGACAUGUGCUGGGCGGUUCUUGCGCUGGUUUUAUAAUACCCACUCCGGACAGUGCAGUUUCUUCUACUACAGCGGCUGCAGAGGUAACGAAAACAACUUCCUCAGGAGGGAAGAAUGUGAGAAAACCUGUCUUGGGCUGAGGGAACUGGUUAUUCCUCCAGAAGCUACCGUUCUGCCUCCUGUGGACCCCCUGAAUGUUCCGCCUGCUCCGCUCUCUAAUUUGGAGCUUGUGGAGACGCCAACCGUGCAGGGUAUGCCCACUUAUAGGAGAGGGAGGAAAGGAAGGAAGGGAAAGAGGAAUCAGAGAGACCGGAAGCGGAAAGGAAGGAAAAGGCGAAACCGACAUAAAGCACCCGAAAAAUAUCUCAGUUUGAAUUCUGCCAAAGUGGCCUUCAUCCCUGCUCAAAAAGAUGCCCCAAACAAAACCAAAGCCGAUGAGAAGGAGAGGAACAGGGUGCUACCGACGUCUUUGAGGAAAUCCAUCGCAUCCGGAAAAUAUUUCAGAAUCUUUACCAUUCUUUCUCGGAGACACGGUAACAACGUUUACAGAGGAAGCAGGUCUCACCGGCGGCGAAAACACCGAGGUCGAUCCACGACAAUUCCCCUACCACCGAUGUCACCGUCUACAACGCCAUUCUUUUAAAUGUUGAUAGAACGUUAGUGUUUGUGCGAAGCGAGAUGAUAUUAGCAGAGAUCUGGGAGAACUGCAAGGACAAUGUGUAAAUAGCUGUAAAGAAACGGGCCAGUAAGCAUCUCUGCAUAACGCCAAAAUCUGUAAGAAACGACAUUGGUACUAAUGUAAGCCAGACAUCCAAAUAAGCCUAAAACUACAACACCCAUAUGGAUGAUUUUUCAGUCUCUGUGAAUUCUACUGGCCAUUGUGACCAAUAAAAUGUUACCUUUAUCAUCAGUGGUAUGUUAACACUCAAACAAGUCAAACUCGGAAGCGGCAGAUCUAAUGUAUCUUUCCUUUUCGAACCGUGGAUUCAGUUUACUACACAGUAAGGUAGAAACGUCGGUACUUUGAUAUUUUGGCACUUGUAAAUAUACUUGUAAAUAGUGUACACUUUGAAAGUUCAGAAAGUUAUCAGAGAGUGUAUAGUAGCAUUUAAAAAGGGUUUAAGAUUUUUCUCGGCAGUUCAAUAUCGAUACAUCGUCAUCAAAUAUUUUAAAAAACAUAUAUGGUGUAUAACAAAGUUGAGAGUUGUUUUCUCAUAGGUCUUAUCAUGUAUGUCACAUUAGAUCGCAUGUACUAACUUAACGAUUAUGGCAGUCGUAGCAUCAGGUGAGUCGUAGCGUCUCGCAAACAGCGC